CGGUUCCGCGCGGCCCGUCAUGGCGGCGCCCAGCGAGGCGGCGAAGCGGCGGCCGUUCGGGACGCGCUUACUCACCGACCCCGGCCGCCUCUUCCAGCACAACGCGUGGGAUAAUGUGGAAUGGUCAGAAGAACAAGAAGCCAAUGCCAGAAGUAAAGUUCAAGAGAACAGCUCACAGCUAUUGCCACAAGAUAAACAAGAGGAGUAUGAGGUGAAUGCUAACAGAUACUGGGAUGAUUUUUAUAAAAUCCAUGAAAAUGGCUUCUUCAAGGACAGACACUGGCUGUUCACUGAAUUUCCUGAGCUGGCACCAAAUAGAAACCCAAAUCAAAAUGAGGUUUCUGGAUACAAAUGCAGUUACAAAGAAGAAACCAACAAUGAAGAGCCAGGAAGCUGUGAAAAUGGACAUUGCUCAUUGGAAACCAGGGCAGAGAGUCAGUUAAACCUGAUAAAAAGCAUGUCUGAGUUCUGCACAGAGGAGACAGCUACCCAGAAACAUAGUGAGCUGAAUCAAAGUGAUGGAGAUUACCCAGGAUCCUCUGCAACUUACCGUAUAUUAGAGGUUGGCUGUGGUGCUGGAAAUACAGUUUUCCCAAUUUUACAAACCAACAAUGACCCAGGGCUUUUUGUUUAUUGCUGUGAUUUUUCUACAAUAGCUGUGGAUCUUGUCCAGACCAAUGCAGAAUAUGAUUCUUCACGCUGCUUUGCAUUUGUCCAUGACCUAUGCAACGACCAAAGUCCUUUCCCAAUGCCAGAAGAAAGUCUCGACAUUGUUAUUCUUAUUUUUGUCCUCUCAGCAAUUCUCCCAGAGAAGAUGCAGUGCAUUGUUAACAGACUGAGUCGCCUUCUGAAGCCAGGAGGAAUGAUUUUAUUACGAGAUUAUGGCCGUUACGACCUGGCCCAGCUUCGGUUUAAGAAAGGUCAAUGUCUGUCUGAUAACUUCUAUGUCAGAGGUGAUGGCACCAGAGUCUACUUCUUCACACAAGAUGAAUUAGAUGAUCUCUUCACAACAGCUGGCUUGGAGAAGAUCCAGAAUUUGGUUGAUCGGCGAUUGCAAGUGAACCGAGGGAAACAAAUGACAAUGUAUCGAGUGUGGAUCCAGUGCAAAUACUGCAAGCCUGUUUCCCCUCAGCUGUGAGGAAAAGGGACAUGCUUUUUAGGUGGGAGCUUCUCUGUAGCCAUGUGCAGUUUCUCCUCCUGGUGGGAUGUGAUGAUAAGAAGGCCAGCGCACACAGGACUUCAGUGCCUUUUACAGUGCCUACUCUCACUUCAGGUGAACUGUGCAAAGGAGGAAUGCUCUAAAAGGAGACCAAGCAGUAUUUAAUGUCUUACUAGUGAUCUUGGUUUUUUAAAUAAUUCAUGAUUUUAAUAACUUAAGAAAUGUUCGUCUGCUGUCGUACAGCAGCUCAGCAAGUUGAGUAACAAGACACUCUUACUCUGGAUUUCCACAUGAAACAGAAGGAUAGCUUCAGCUUCGACUGUGUGUUGUGUAUUCUUAUCUUGGGAGCAAAAACCAGGCAACCUAUAAAUCUGCUCUUCUCUGCAACUGGUUGUUAGGCCUAAUAUGGAUCCUUUAGCCAGCUUAUUUCAGCCAGCUCUCUUCUAGUCAUUCAGGCUUGUGCACAUCCGGAUGUUAAAAUACACCAAACAAGGGCAUGAACAGGAAGCUUGCUGACUUCCCUGUGUUAGCUUCAUCAUGGAUGCCUCAUAGUGUGCACAUGACCUGCGGAGAAGGCCAAUGGUGCUGCCUUGCCAUUACUGUCCACAAGGAUGUUCAUCUGUGGAGCUAGCAUACUAUAGUUCAGGAGCUGUACACAGCAGGGAGAAUCCAGCUUUCAAAAUUUUGGUGCUGAUGCUGGUUUUUUGGGGCACCUCUGGACUGCGGGGAACCAGAAGCAGUACAUAAGGCCAGGGUUUACAUCAAAUCCAUUACCUGCUUUUUCUGCUUGAAAGGUCAGAAUUGUUUUUACUGGCUACAGCCCCAAGGUCACAGCUACUCUGUUGUGGUGUGCUAAACCCAAGUAGACAAGACAGCUGUCUGUGAUAAGAAAUCUGAAGAAUGUCUACCGCUUAUGUUUAUUUUUUUAGAGGAAGACAGCACUGUGGCUUUCUGUAGGCAUUCCCCCACUUUUGACAGCAAGUAUCUUUUAUCUCAGCUUGUUUUCUUUUGUUAUUUUUAAGGUGUGGUGCAGCAGGUAUUAGAAUAAAUUUUGUGGUAACACUUUCCAGUGCUGGCUGGAUUAAUAUAAAUCAGGCUUCUACAGAAACUCAAGUGCUUCUGGGUUCCUGAUCUGAAGAAUUCGUGACACUAUUAAGUAACUACAGUUUGUCUUCUCUUCCAUUAUCAUAGCUCUUGCCUGAUGCCCCCUACUUUAUUUUAAUUCAUGAGGCAGCAAGGCCUGUGGUGUGUGUACUGCUAGCUCAAGAGCAGUUCAUGCUGCUUGGAGUACAUAUCUUUUGUUAGCUGGACAGUUGUAUUCAUGGCUUACAAAUGCCUAACAAUAGCUGUAACUAGAAGGACAGAUAGGUGAUGAGAGAACUGCUGUCCUGAAAUGAGGGAGAAAGGAUAAAGAGAUGAGGAAAUGUCAUUGUUACAUUGGGAGAGUCUACACGAGUCUUCAGUGAGUGGAGUGGAGCAUCUUGCUCUGUAGAACAUUGGAAGGGGCCAUAGUAGCCACAGUGGUGCUCUCUUCUGUGUCACUUGGCAGCAUGAUCGGUUCAUAACUUCCACAAUCACUGUCUCAACCUGCAGGUAUCAGUACAUCUGCUAACGGAAGGCUUCUGGGUCAGGACCUUUCAUCCCUUCCUGCAGAAAGAUGACCCAGCAAAUCCAUUCACCCAGCACAAAGGCAGGUUGCAGUGCUGUAGCAGGAAUGGAGAUGUACCCUUGCUGUUUUUAAAUCUAGGUGGGGUUAAUAAUAUUGAAAAGAAAUCAAACAACUGUGAAGAGAAUUCUUGUUUGAUUUUUUGUGCUUCCAACCUUUGUCUGAAGGGUCAAGAGACCAUUGAGUGUCUGCAAAUGAUAUAGGAGGAGAUAGGCUCGAAGCAGUUGUUUUUGGAAGGCAAAAAUGUGGUAGAGAGAUAGUCUUCCUUCCCAGCUACUUUGUGAUCUUUUCUACUUCCACACUUUCUCUCCUUUUCUGUAAAGGCAACUCAAAAAUCAUGCUUCAUUUCUGACCUGCCCGUGGCGCAUCUUCACUAGGGGACAGAGUGUGGGUAAGCCGGCACCCAGGAGGAGUGUGUGUUCCUUGGUUCUCCAAUUCCUGCCGCUCAGCUUAUGGGCUUGAGAAGCAGAAGGAAACCAUAGUACUUAAGGGAAGCAGGAGAAAAAAAAUGAGAGCCUAAUUUCCCUUUCAGUCCCUCCUCCUUGCCCCUAAUAUGUUUGGCUUCUGGUGCACACAAGCCAGCCUCAAACCAGAAGCUGUGCAGCCAUUAUUGUGUCUUCAUGCUAGGCCUACAAAAUCUGGCCUCUUGGCAAGGUUGGUACCUCAAGCAAAGUCUAGGCAAACCACAGCUUGAGGCCUUUGGGAGCAGAACAACCUCAUGUCUCCUCAUGUUACCCAGGCAAAAAGUCAGACCUAGCAAAGAAGUCUUGUUAGCAUUUAAUGUGACAUGAUUCAUGUAGCCAGCUCUGUUGCUUUCAGUGAAAGACCUCCCAUAUGUUACUGGUACCUGAGGCAGUUCCCAGAGUCCUCUUCCUCUUUGUCUCUGGUGGGAGCUCUCCUUCUGGGAUGUCUUUAUCUUCCUGGAAGAAAAAUUAUUGUCUCGGGUAAACAAGCACCAUAAUGAGUGUGAAUUACAGUGAUUUGAAAAGUGCCUUAUUAAUCAUCCAAGAUUUUGUAAGCAGCACAGGAGAAAUAUUUUUAAUUAUGAACAUGAUUUAUUUAAAAUUAAUGGACUCCCCUUUAAGUUUAAAGUCCUGAAUGGGAGAAAAUGAAGACUAGUAAUUUAUUUUGAAGUUAAAACCAGUUGUCUGCCUGGUUUUAACUUGGGCUUCAUGCAAAAACUUGCAGCCCUGUGAGCAGGCAGCCAUUGAUGUGGCUCAGUGCCUUUCUUAAUGCUCUUCAUUCUGCUUCUGCUGAAGUGUUUAAGCAAGCACUCAGAAUGAACCAUGCUGGGCAGACAUGCUUUUGUUUCCAGUCAUGUUGGUGAUGUUCAGAAAGCAACAAGUUAAUGGCCUUGGAUUGAACCAGGCCUCCUACAGAUUGAUACUGUCUGAGCUUCCUUUAUUAUUCUCUGUCAGCUCUGUUCUCUGUGAAAAUGCUGCAUUCCUGCUACUCCAAGCCUUGCCUUCCACACAGCUCUGCUCAGGUACUCAGGUACCUUGGUCCUGACUCGCAGCAGCUUCUGCUCUUCCUUGCCUUGGGCCUGCUAAGCAGGCUGGGUUCCCAAUGGCUCUCUAGCAUGUGCAAAGGAGAUCUCUGAAUUCACCUUUACUACAUUGAGAAGCUAGGCUGAGUGCCUGUCUGGUUUUCCAUUAGCUUUAAAGCCAUUCUGAAUAUAUCUGCUCUGGUUUUGUUCCCAAUGCUCCAGCCUUGUGGUCUGUAGCUUACAGCACUGCCAACGUAGCUCGUCAAACCUCCCAAGCAGAAGAGAUGAUUUCAUAGGUCUUCUGAGGCGCUGCCCCUGUGAUUCUGGAGCCAGACAUUGUUACACUUCAGAAAGCCUCGUCCUGACUCUUGCCAGAGGAUGGUGGAUUUCCUUGGAGGUUUGUAGAUUGUUUUGGCUGGAAGGGAACUUUCUCAUCACUUAUUCUGACCCUUUGCGUAACCCUUUCAUGUAGGAACUGUGGUAUCAAGCCUGUGACUUGGGCUGAGCCAGAAACAAGCCUCCGGAAAGGCUUUCAAUCCAGUCGUGAUGCUUAGGGCUCCAGUGACUGGCAAAAGAAGCUUUGCAUCCCUAGGUACGUUCUUCCUCUUGGAGCAUCCUGAUUUCACAGAUGAGCUAGAAAUCUGGAGGCAGAAGGGGCACAGGGGAGGUAGAGAGAGCAGAAGGCUGGGAGUAUUCUUGAUACCCUCACUUCCAAAUAAACAGUAAAUCUGAAAUUCCAGUGAAAAUUGGAGCUUUCUCAGGACCUUUCUGAUAGCACAGGAACAUGGGAAACCCAGCAAUCAUCCUUAGUGACUUCUAUUGUUAGAAUAUUAGUCGUUAAAAGCUUCUGUUGAGACCAGACACAAUCAUUUUCUCUCCCA